AUGGAUGACAAAGUAGAGGAGCUAUCUGGAGAACGGGCUUUAUCGGUUCUAGUCGAAGCAAAACUGACUAGACAUCAAUAUGAGAUAAUAAGAAGUGAAGACAAAAGGAGAUUUUUAUCAUACAAAAAGAUUCAAGAUGCUAAGAAAUAUUUUUAUCCAGACAGUAAAGCUAUAAUAAUUAUAGAGAUGAAUGCUAAAUCCUUAACAGAAAAAGAACUUCAGUGUUUAACAUUGGUAUUUAAAUGGGGGUGUGAUGAAAGCUCGAGGUUCACCCAGUACAAACAAAAAUUUAAAAGCAGUGAUGAUUCAGAUGCCAGAUGGCAUUUUUGA